CAGCAGUCUCUGGUCUCUCUCUGCUGUAUCCAACAGCAUGUGAAGCAAAAGAAAGAAAGCUAGAACUUCUCCUACAUGAGGUAAUUUAAUUAAUGAAAAACGCAUGCUGGCUGGCUGCAAAUUUAAACAGAUGCAUCAGCAUACCCAAGCUUUUUUUCUCUUCAACGUUUUGGGACCAGCCUCUAUCUCCUUUUAAGGUCCUGCUUGCAAUUAAAACAUUUAAACAUCCUGACGUUAACAACUUGGACAUUUACAGCUGUGCGUUCAAGGAGGAAGACUGUACACAGUGUACACCACUUUAUUCCAAGGGACUGAGUGAGUGCUCAAUAAAGACUCACCAAUAUUUUAAUUUUCUUGCUCUUGCAUAAAGGGAAAUUCAAGGCAAACAUGGAAGUUUGUAAAGGUCGUUUACUUGGUAUCUCAGUCGCUGUUGCUCAUGGAUUUUUCUCGGGAUCGUUGAACAUUUUACUAAAAUUUCUCAUCACGACUUAUAACUUCAACUACCUCAUUCUCAUCCAGUGCCUCACCAGCACGCUGGCAGCGGUUACACUGGAGAUACUGAGGAGACUGGGCAAAGUAGACAUACCUCCAUUCAGCCUUCAACUAGCCAAAGUCUUCGGAGGUGUUUGUAUUCUGUCCACAUUACAGUCCACUCUAACACUAUGGUCUCUCAGAGGACUGAGUCUACCCAUGUAUGUGGUUUUUAAACGGUGUCUACCGUUGGUCACCCUAGGCAUCGGCGUAUGCGUUCUGAAGAACGGUAUCCCGUCUGUGGGGGUCAUAACGGCGGUGCUCAUCACUACUGGAGGAGCAGCUUUAGCUGGGUUUGGUGACGUGACGGGUGACACAUUUGGCUACGUGACGGGCGUCCUGGCUGUGAUCAUCCACGCCUCCUACCUGGUCUUGAUCCAGAAGACCAGCACAGACAGUGAAUAUGGCCCCCUCACGGCCCAGUACUCCAUCGCCAUCAUGGCCUCCCCAGUUUUCUUAAUCUGCUCCAUUGUCAGCAUGGACUCCAUCAACAUGUGGAGCUACACGGGCUGGAGUAACCCCUUCAUCUCAGGCAUCUUCUCCCUCUGCAUAGUCAUCGGCUGUGCCAUGAACUUCACCACGCUGCAAUGCACCUACAUCAACUCGGCCGUCACCACCAGCUUCGUGGGAGUGGUGAAGAGCAUCGCCACCAUCACAGUGGGCAUGGUGGCCUUCAGCGACGUGGAGCCCACCAGCCUGUUUGUUGCCGGCGUUGUGGUCAACACUGUGGGCUCCAUCACCUACUGCAUCGUCAAGUACUUUGAGACCAGGAGGAAGACCCUCUACCAGGACCUGGAGGAGCAAAGGAAGGACGAGAUUCUGCCUGGACAAACUUACAUUGAGAAGAAGCCUCCCAACGGAGACCUGGAGCCCCUGCCCAGUGGUCAUGGAUGGUCUGAUGAAGGAUCGAUUGAACAGGUCCCCACUCAGGACCACCUCCUCAAUGAUCAGAGCCUCAGUGACUACCCACUUCCAGACACCAGCAACAGCAUGGAGUCUGUAGAACUCCAGAGAGAGGCCUUUCAUAACAAGAACCGGGCCAACCAGGCCAACCAGUCUGUGAGUGAAAGUUACCUAAGGGUGUGGAGGUCCGUCCGUAACCUGCAGUUCUUGAACAAAGACACCUUAAUGGAUAAUAUGGAGGUGCAGAGCCCUUAAUGGGGAAUCACUCUAAUUUCAAAGGGUGCAUGUUUUGUCAGUCUUUUCUGUUUGUAUGUUUUUUCUGUUUGUUUGUAAGACUGGUUGGACAUUGGGCACUGAUUUAAUGUUAAGAGAUCCGUAUUUUUCUCAUGAACAUGCGCUUAUGGAAGCAGCAAAAUAUUUUUGAGAAGAUGGAGUGUUAAUAUGAUUGGAAAAAAUAUACUGACUAUUUAUAAAAGCAUUUAUGUUUAAAUGUUUUAUAUGGAUUUAUCAGUCAUAUUAAUAACAGGUGAAUAGUUGAUGGUAAAUUGCUAAAACUAGGGGUCAAAGACAUCUGAUACCAUAAUAAUGGAAUACCUCCCCAUCUUCCCCCAACCACUAUUUUGCUGUAUGGUAAACAAAAUGAAUUGUCUGUGUGACAGUGCAUUGGGUAAGGUUGAAGUUGAUAUGUAAUUACAUGUUAUAAAAAGAUUAAUACCAGUUUUUGUAUGAAUCAUUUUAUUUGCACAAUGUUACUGCCUGUCCAGAUUCUGUCUAGUCCAUGAAUUGUGAUAUGUGGCAAGUGAAGAGCAAUAGCAACUUCCAUUUGCAUGUACAAUGCAAAGUACAUUUAAAUGUUUUUAUGGAACUCUUCCACUGUGAUGUUGGCCCUCUUCUUUAUGAUAAAUCCAUUACAUUGAAAUCCAUGGUAAAUGUUUUAGCCAAAUUGCCUUUCCAAUGAGAUUUGCUUUCUGAAUUACCAACAAUAGAUAACUGUUUUGGUAAGGUUCACUUAACAUCAACACAAUAUAGGCGUCCUGAACAUUUAUUGUGAGGAGAUCAUUAUCAGUAGAGCAUUUAGAUCCGUAAUGUCAACAUUGGAUUGGAAAGAGACUAGAGAAUGACUUUGAUCCUACGGAACACAUCACUUCUCUUAUUGAGUCAUUAGUCAAAGUACACCACCACAAUUCCCUCAAAGUCUCAACUGCUCUGGAGUAGAAAACAGCUAUUUCACAUCACACCCAAGGAGGAUGCCUGUGUCAUGAUUAAAGUAAUACUGUAUACAUAGCUGUAUGGUAAUGCAUUCUCCAGUAUGUCUUAGAACCCCUCCUUAUGUAAACGCAUGCAGUGAGAGUAUGUCCUUCCAGAGUACCUGCAGGGAGAGGAGAGGGAGAAGUGUGAGCAAUCUGUCCCCUCAUCAACCAGAAAGAGAGAGGCCUGCAGUCAGCACAUUAGUUGCAGGAAAAUCCAAAAGUGCCUUUGAAAUGCUUCUUUGGGACUCUUGAAGUACAGAUAAACCAGGAACUCUGAGUGCUGAUAACAGAGGACUUCAAGAAACAGGAACAGAAAAAAAAUCUACUUUGUAAAAGAAAAGGGGUUGGUUGGUGAGUUUUAUCACAUCGUCUCCU